CUAUACGUGCUGUGAAGAUACGUUCAUUCCCAACAUUCAAAAUGUUUUACAAUUCCACCCGUCUAAAUCAGAAGCCCAUCCUUGGUUCAAAUGAAGCUGCCUUCCUUGUUACCUUCAAUUCACUUCAGAUCAUCUUUGGAUCUGCUGCGAAUUUACUCGAGAUCAUAUUCUUUCUACGGAGGAGACAUCUGCACUUGAGUGUGUCGGAUAAACUCACGUUAAACCUAGCUGUGGCUGAUCUUGUUUCCCUGACGACAUAUUUGCCUUGGCGAACGUACCUUUUGCACAUACGAAGAGCAACUCGUGAUUACCAAUACUACACUUCCUUAUUUGUUUUCUGUAUUUUCAACACUGGAAACGCCAUCGUCCUUAUGAGUGUUGACAGAUUUGUAGCCAUUAUUCGUCCAUUGAGAUAUCAUUCUUUGGCUACUGGAAAAGUAGUUUGGUUUGGAGUAUCCUUAUCUUGGAGCAUAGCGUUUACACUUUCCACGGGACAUUAUCUAAGUUAUAAGAAAGUAUUGCUGAAUAUUCACGCCGAUUACGAGUUUUUUUUAUCGUGUUUAUCUAUCGGACAUAUGUUUUUAAUGUCCAUAAUUUAUAUUGUCAUCCUGAGGGCAGCGAAAAAGCAAGUUAAAGCUGUUUUAUUGCUCCAAACAAACUUCCUAACUCCAGAUUCAGACUCAUCUAACUCGUUAUUCAUUUGGAACUACAGGAAGAGUGCGUAUACAACGUUUUCUAUCGUUUGUCUAUUUUACGCCACGUUCUUGCCAUAUUCUGUUUACAGAAUCGUAACGACAUUUGAUCAUACAAUUACAAAGACGUCAAAACGUAUAACUUGGCGAUGGCUAAUGUCUUUUAGCUUUCUAAAUUCGUGUCUCAAUCCUUUUAUAUAUUUUAUUAGCAUGAAGAGGUUCAGAUCGAAAUUAAAACAUGGUCUUUUGAACAUUUAUACCAAGAACGUAGCCUGCAAGAACGAGACCUCCCAUGUCUAGUAAGGUGCU